AUGCUUCCACAUGCUAUCUUCACCGCCGCUGCGAUCAUAUGGCUCGCCCACCGGCUGGUGCUUUUUCUGGGGAUCCCGGUUUGGCGCAUAGUAUCCACGUUGGGACUCCAGGUUCCGCAAACGACAAGAGUGUCAAUCGACGAUAUAACGCAGGAUACCAUUACAGUUCGAUGGGAAAACGAGCCAACCAAUGCUCACGAAAAGACGAGCUCGUCAAUAUCGUGCUAUGUGCUGUACUUGAAUAAGGUCAAGAUCGGCACUAUCCCAAAUAUCGCGACUUCUUUGUAUACAUGCUGCUUGCUCCGCGGUCUUUCACCACAGACACAAUAUCAAUUUGAUUUCGUGUGUGUCAACAAAGAUGGGUUCAUAAACAAAGUUCCUUCCAUAUAUUUGAUGACCAAGUCAACCAGUAGCGAUAAACGCACCAGUCAGACCAGUCUGGACGAUUUGGAAGCUAAACCAACUCUAGCGCCCAAUUUCCCCGCUGAUGCCAAAUGGAGGAAAAGUCAAGUGGCUGUCUCCACCGACUCUCCCACAUCCUACGCCAGCCUCACAUAUCUGCAAGAUUUGGACGAUUUUUCUAUCACGGAUUUGAAAUAUAUCUUGGUGUGUGCCCAGGAAGAUCUACAUGACGUGUUACAACAGGAAUCGUCAAUACUGCAAGACUUUCACGAAAGCCGAGAGCAGUUGAAACUGGAGCUCGACAAUUUGAAAGCACAGUGGGCGCACGAAAUAGACUUGCGGAAAAGCCUCAAGUCCAGCAUCAAGUCUUUGGAAAAUUCUAAGCUACUUUACGAUCUCAAACGCGGCAAGUUAGACAAGAAUAUUGACCAAAGCACCAACAAAAUACAAAAAAUGAAAAACGAUAUGAUCAAGUGGGAUCAAGAGAUGAAAAAUGAAUUGAGGCAAGACACACUCAUCUCGAAAUUCAAUGACGAGAAAAAAUCUCUGCUUGAAAGAAUCGACGAAGUUUCGCAGCAAGUGCGCCAAUUGCACUCUCAAGUAUCGAAUCAGGAAGAAGAGAAUAAAAAACUGAGCUCUGUCAAAAGGUCUUUGGAUUCCAAUCAAAAUUCUUCCGCAACAAACUCAGGGACCUCUAUUGCAAGCAAACGGAGUAGUCCUGUUGAAACUGGUUCUAAUACAGUGAGCAUGAACAGCAUUUUCAAGAAAAUUAACGAUUGCAUCAACGACAAAACUGGCUUGUUAAACAAUGCCGGUUAUGAAUUUUUGAAUUCCCUUGGUGAAAAUUCGGUGGUAGCAGCCUUGGUGAAAGAAGAAUUACAGAAAGAUGUUGAUUUAGAUACAGACUGGAGAAACAGAAAACUCAAGCUGAAAAAACGCAAUGAAAUGAUGGAGUCCGUAUGGACCGAAAUUAGCAUGAGGAACAGAGACUUGAUGGCAGGUCUUGCUGCCCAACCAUAUGUGUCUACUCAGCAAGAUACUAGCCAUGCGAGCGCGCCUCACUUGAACUUGCACGAUCCGAGCACAUACGCUUCGGGUGACCCAGAGCAGGGUUCAGCACCGUUUGCAGCUGUCCCCUUCAGACAUACUUCGCCUGUACCAGACAACGAGUUGUCUUACCCAAAUUGGAAUAUGCAUCAUCAGAACGGACAUCAACCAGGCUUAGCUCCGGAGGAGCACCAUUUUGACUACGACCAUUCGCAUCAUUUAUUGAGCGGGCUUCAAAAUAUGAUUUCGGAGGCAGAUUAUCAGGCAACAAAUGUCAGUACUUCGAAACUAUACACAACAGAUCAGCUGGAUGACUAUUGGAGUCGACAAACCGCUCCAAAUGUACUGCCUCGAAGCGGGACAGAGUCUUUUGGGAUGCAACCAGCUCGCUUGCCGCUUCUGUCUCCCCGUUCUGCUCCUGAACCGCAAAAUGUCAACCAUAUGAGAGUGGCUAGCAAUGACUCCUUUGAACCUCUUUCCAUGUCCCACGAGGAUAAUUUGUCGGGUUUCAUGCAGACGCCAAUUAUUCAAAGGGACGACGUGAUUUCGUUCGGCUCUGGAUACAACAAUGAUCCCGCAAUGCGCACUUCACCAUUAUCAAUACCAAUGAAGGAAGAACUUUCGAAAGACAACCUUUUCAACUCGGGUCAUUUCAACACCAUUUGGAACAGCUCUUCCCCCAUAGACACGGCGACGACUGAGAAGCUUCAAACACCAAAAUCUCAGCAUAAUAGAAGCAACAGUAGAGGGAGCUGGGGACUUCCUCAUUUCAUGCAAAAAUCUCCAAAGGCGGGUCAGGAAGGAAACUCUAAUCCUUCCAGCAGUGAAGGUAAAGAAAAAGAGCCCCAGGGGAGUGAGCGGCGUAUGUCCAAAUUACUUACCAAACGCGGAAUGAAUCAACUUUUCCGCUCCCCAACCCAUGGUACGCCAUGA